AGGAAUUCAGUCAGUUUAGUUUGAUUGUUUGAUUGGAGAGCUUGGUUUUUCGGCAACAGUAGUACUGUAAUGUAAACACAACAAAUCUCGCUCAAUAGAAAACAGCAAAAGAAAUUAAAACAACAAAAAUAAACAUAUGUGUGAGAGAGUGUACAAACAUAGCCAACAACAACAUCAGCAUUUGUGAAAGAAGAAAUUCUACAACAACAACAACGGCAAUUGCAUACUGUGAAAAUGAACAACAUUUAAUUUUACCCGAUUGCGUUUUGUAAUACCAAAUCUAUGUAUUACAACGGAAGUGAUAUAGGACGUCUUCAGAGAGUUGCGUUGACCAUUGUGAUACCCAUGUGAAAUGCCUUAUGAAAAAUUCAAUAAAAAGCGUAGACAAUGGGAGGAUAAUGGUGUACUGGAGCUAAUCAAACUAUGGAAAGUCUGCGCUUAUGAACUACGCACAGUUAAACGCAAUGGCCAUCUUUAUGUGGCUAUGGCAAAACAAUUAACCGGUCUUGGAGUACCCGUAACAGCAUUAGAAGUCCACUUCAAAGUGAAUAACUUAACACAGCGCUAUCGUCAGGAACAGAAAACAUUUGAAGCGACCGGUAUAAUAAGUACAUGGAAAUUCUUUAACCAAGUGGAUGAUGUUUUUAAGAGUUUGGGACAAACCGGCUAUACAAAGUGCGUUAAAGUAGAUAAACGUAUUAUGACACCAGCAUCGAAUGCUAGCAGUUUACCUUCUUCAUCCGAGUCACCAGUUUGGAAGAAUCAAAUGUCUCAACAGGAGUUUAACAGUAAUAAUUCCGAAGGUUUUUACAAAUCGGAAUAUGGAAUGCAUCGACAUUUUAUUGAUCAUUCGCAGGCUCAGGCAAAUGGGGGUGCCGGUGGAGGCGCCGGUAAUGCAGAUGUCAACUUUAUGGCCAAUACAGCUGCAGCUGCAGUUGCAGCAGCCUCGAGACUUAAUGAAUCAAAUCAAAUGGAUCAGUUAAAUGCAGCCGCUUCGGCGGCGGCUUCAGCUAAUAAUGCAACAAACGGCAGUGUCCUUAAUUAUAACAAAAUCAAAAAGUCACCGGAUGACUAUGAUAAGUUUGUUGACAUUGUCAAAAAUAUUGUUGAUUCUCAUAAGUCUACACCGGAUAAGGUCGAUACAUUUGCCGAUUUUAUUAAAUCCUACAUACGUCGUUGGCCGGAGCGAAUUCAGGAUGAGGCCAUCACUCACAUCACAAACUACAUAAUUGUUAAGAACAUGGAUCAUACUAUGCACUCAUCUAUUGAUGGCGUUAAUAAUCGACAAUAAUAUAAGAGUGAACCUAGAAACUAGGUUCACAUACAUCAGAAUAAACAACGGCCACACUGCAACAAAAAGAACAGCAGCAACAUCAACCACAACACUUACAACAUUUACAACUAAACUAACAACUAAUAAAUGUUACUUAAACUAAGUUAUAAUUUUAGUUAUUCCUUUAGACAUCAACAUAUUCUUUGGUUAGUUAGGUUUUAUAUUGUUCGAAUAAGUUUUUCGUUGGUUUAAGUUUUGAGUAGAGUGUUUGUUGUAAGUAUAUAUUAAAAUCUUAAAAAAAACAAAUGCUUAGUACAUAAUUUUAUUUACUGCUUAAAGCUAAAAAACUAUUUUAAUGUAUUUUUCUAAUAAUUUUUAAAACUUUUAUUUUUUAUUUAUUAAGAUUAGAUGUUGCAACUUAAUAUAGAAGCUUGUAUUUAAUUUAGAACAUAAAAUGAGUAAAUAGAAAAACAAAUCAAAUUACUUAUAUGCAAAACAGAAAGUAUAUAAAUAAUUUUUUCUAUUGAUGUAAACAUGUUUCCUUACAAGAAAAACAUUAAAAAUCAGUAAAAUAAUAUCAACAAAUUUGAGUUUAAUUUAAAAUCUUAAAAAUGUUGACAACUAUAGAAGCAUCUACUUGUAUCUUUCACUAAGAUUGUAGCAUAAAGGCGGUUAUGUGCGUCGCCUUUCGGAGAUUCUAACAUUUUUAGUUCAUUGGUAAGGCUGGAGGUAUGUGUUUGUCUUAAUAGUAAAGAAAAAGCGGCGCAUACUGCUGCCAGAUACCGAAAAAAAUAUUUUUUCCUUCCUUGAUCUGUUCCACGUUGA